GCCGCGAGUUUUGCAGAAGGGGGCAGCGAACGCGGCGGGGGCAGGCCGGGCGGCGAGGCCGGGGCACGGCGCGGCAGAGCCCCCAGCGCACCCAGCCCGGCCCUGCCGCAGCGGGCCGAAGAGGUGGAGGAGGAGGAGGAGGAAGGCUGCAGCCGCCCCCCGAGGCUCGCCCCCCGCCGGCUCCACCUCGCAGCAGCGCGGCGCCCAGUUCGGCUCUCCGGGGCAAGGUGCGCCGCCGGUGGGAGCGGCUUUGUUGGCUCGGAGGGGAGCGGCGGGGAGAAGCCGGGAGAAGCCCACCAUGGUGCAGCAAGCGGAAAGCACGGAGAGCGAGAGCAACUUGCCCCGGGAGGCGAUGGACACCGAAGAGGGCGAGUUCAUGGCUUGCAGCCCGGUGGCUUUGGACGAGAGCGAUCCGGACUGGUGCAAAACGGCGUCGGGGCACAUAAAGAGACCGAUGAACGCGUUCAUGGUGUGGUCUAAGAUCGAGAGGAGAAAAAUCAUGGAGCAGUCCCCGGACAUGCACAACGCGGAGAUCUCCAAGCGCCUGGGCAAGCGGUGGAAAAUGCUGAAGGACAGCGAGAAGAUCCCGUUCAUCCGGGAGGCGGAGAGGCUGCGGCUGAAGCACAUGGCCGAUUACCCCGACUACAAAUACAGGCCCAGGAAAAAGCCCAAAAUGGACCCGUCGGCCAAGCCCAACGCCAGCCAAAGUCCGGAGAAAAAUGCACCUACCAGCAGCAGCGGCAGCAAAAGCGCUAAGAGCUCCAGCAAGAAAUGUAGCAAGCUGAAAUCCUCCUCCGCUUCCUCGCCCCCCAAGCCGGGAGCCAAAGCCGCCCACCACGGGGACUACGCCGGGGACGAGUACGUCUUCGGCACCCUGAAAGUGAGCAGCAAGACGGUCAAGUGCGUCUUCAUGGACGAGGAGGAGGAGGACGACGAGGACGAGGACGAGCUGCAGCUGCGGAUCAAGCAGGAGGCAGACGAGGAGGAGGAAGACGAGGAGCCGGGGCCGCAGCAGCUGCGGCGGUACAACGUGGCCAAAGUGCCGGCGAGUCCCACCUUGAGCUCCUCGGCGGAGUCCACCGAGGGGGCGAGCCUCUACGAGGAGGUGCGGGGCGGCGCCGCGGCGGCGGGCGGAGGCAGCAGACUCUACUAUAGCUUCAAGAACAUCACCAAGCAGGGCCCGCCGCCGCCCCAGCCUCCGGCCGGUCUCUCCCCGGCCUCGUCCCGCUCCAUCUCCACCUCGUCGGCUGGCAGCGAGGAGGCGGACGACCUCCUCUUCGACCUCAGCCUCAACUUCUCGCAACACGGCCACGCCGCCGCCGAGCUGGGGGCGGGCGCCGCCGCCGGCAACCUCUCCCUCUCGCUGGUGGACAAGGACCUGGACUCCUUCAGCGAGGGCAGCCUCGGCUCCCACUUCGAGUUCCCCGACUACUGCACCCCGGAGCUGAGCGAGAUGAUCGCGGGAGACUGGCUGGAGGCGAAUUUCUCCGACCUGGUGUUCACGUACUGAGCGGGGGCGGCGGCGGAGAGGGCGGGCGCCGGUGCCGGUGGCGAGGCGGCGGAGCUGGAGCUGGAGCGACGCCGGUGAUGAUGAUGAUUUAAAAAAAAAAAGUCUUGUUUUCUUUUUUUAAAAAAAAAAAAAAAAAGAAUCUCGAAGUUAGUUCCGAGCCCGGGAGUUGUGAUUUUUUUUUUGUUUUUAUUUUUUAUCGCAUUUGGUGAUCACAACAACAACAGCAAAGGCAAAUGGGACUGGGGGAAAAAUGAUACAGAAGGCGCUGUUUGAAGCUUGUCGGUCUCUGAUUGAAGUCUGGAAGAUGGUCUGCAAAGAAGUCUUUUGGCAGCACAACUGUUACUCAAGGGGGUUUGUGGAUUUUUUUUUUUUUUCCGUGAGAGAUCUUAAAGAACUGUUCUGAUUUUUUUUUUUUUUUAUUUUUCCGAAAGGGACCAUUGCAACUUUUUUUGGAGGGAGAAAACUGAUGUCUUCUAUGCAUCCGAUUCUUAACAAAGCUGCAGGGAGCUUGAAAAAAUGCAGACUGUACAAACGCUUACAAAUAACUGAACUGACUUAAGAUCAGAGUUUACUUUUCAGAUCAAAUUGUUUAUGGUUUUACAAAUGUGAUUUCUACUUGCCAACUUUUUUUUUUUGUAACUUGUUCCCUUAUACCUCCUUGAUUGAAUACCAGACAGCCUAGACCUCAGUACAAAAAGGUAUUGAAACAUUUUUGAUACAUAACAGACCUCAGUCUUUUUUAAAAAUUAAUAUAUUUUCAGGCGUAUUUUUGUACAGUGAAAAGGGAACAUUCUUGCUGUGUUUUUUCAGUAAGACUUUUCAGGCACUUCUUCCCUUUUAUUUUCUUUUUUUUCUCUGUUUUUAGCAUGCAAGUUUGUUGGUACGUUACGUCCUGGUUUUAAAAGGAUUAAAAUUUUAAAAAAAUAAUCCUUGCAUCUAAAGGCCUUGUGGUUUUAAAAAAAAAAAAAAAAAGAAAAGAAACAAACACUUUUUUUGUACAGCUAUAGUUCAGAUUUGUUCAAUAUUUGUAGGUAAAGAUUUAUUGAAAAUGGUGAUAUAGACCUCAGAGCUGUUAUCUUAGUUUAAAAGAUUGUAUAUGUACUGUACUAUAGUAGGACUUUAUGUAUCUCAUACGCUGUGAUAUGUGGAUGGGGCCCCAGAUGGAAGGUAUGAAACUGGAUUCUCGAUUUUAGCAAAAAAAAAAAAAAAAGAAAAAAGGCACAUAGUUAAAGUUUCUCAUGUUGUGCAAUAUAAUCUAAAGUACAGACCAUCUGCAUAUUUUGUAGCAAAUGAUGGCAAAAGCAGACUUGUGCACUGUCAACAUCAUAGCCUGUUUUUUUUUAAUGCUGAAAGUCUGUAUCUUGACAAUUUUAAUAAAUCAGCUGGAACUGAUAGAAACUCGUAUCGCUAUUAGUGUCUGUAGAAGUAACGCUGGAGAUGCCGUGUUGUCACCCCUUGUCCGCGGAGGAGCGGUAGCUGUAGGCUGUAGUGCAUGACCAGAGCUUAGGGGGGAAGGAAAAUAAGGACUUCUUGCCUUUUCUUUUUUUUUUUUGUUUUCCUUCCUUUUUCCCCACCCCCUUUUUUUGCAACGCGCUGCCCCUCGGGGUGGGCGCGGUCCAGCCGGGUGCCCGCGGGCGGCCGGGGCGGACCGGACCGGGGCCGUGCCGUGCCGUGCCGGGCUCUGCGGGGCGGUGCGGUGCAGUGCAGCAGGUGGGCUAACCCCGCUGCUUUUCGGCUCUCCCGCAUCCCCCUCGGCCGCCCAGCAUCGCUUGGGCUCCCCGAGGGCUCGCCUCGACCCCCCGCAUCCCAUUGCCGGGGGCGGGGGGCUGCGGGGCCAGUGCCCGCUCUCCCCUUGCCGCGCCAGGGGCAGCUCCCCCUCUCCCCGCCUUUAUUAUUAUUAUUAUUCCCCCUCCUUCCUCCCUUUCUCCCCGUUUUGCUGACUAGUCUGGGCGAGACUUAAGGAGGGGAUGCUCUGUGCCCCCAUCUCCGCCUUAGGGCAGCGCUCGGCCCACCGGGGCAGCUCUGGCCCCUCUCCGAGGGGGCAUGGGAAGGAAAGGGGGGGGUACGAGCUUCUGCUGUAGGUGAGCAGACUUUGGCAGUGUGCGGUUUUGAUUUUUUUCUUUUUAAUAUAUAUAUUUUUUCCUUAGGAGCCAUCAGAUUUCAGUUACAAGCUCUGAAAUAACUGCUGAUGGCAAUAAACAGACUCACAAGGUGGAAGUUUGUUUCUCAAGACGUUUACCUUUUAUCUGAUAGGCAUUGGUAAUUUUUUUCUCCACUAAUUAAUGAUCCAGCUGUUUACAGGGACAAUUCACUGUGCUGGUAUUUUGAUGGCAACCACUGCUACAGGCUUUCAGACUUGCUGAAAUGAAAAUCCUGCAUACACAUUUGUAAGGCAUAAUAAAACAUAACAUUAAAACCUGCAUGCAUGUUAUGUUUAAUCAAGGACAACUCUUAGGCAUUUAAGUGGUGAGAUAUCUUACUUUAGGUUAGUUAAAUGAACUGGUAGUAAAAUGAUUAAUAUAAUCUGAUCUUUCUAAUAAUAAUAAUAAAACACUCAUGAUUCUAAAUAAAAGUUGUUUGGCCUAAAUCUUUGCUAUCAGAAAAGAGAUAUAGCAUAUCUGGGAACUCAAAUUUAUGUCUUGCAUUGUGGUAAUUCUUUAUGAGAAACUGUGUUUUAAAACAAACUUAAUUACAGUAUACAAGAUAUCCUUGGCAAUGGAUAGUCCUCAAUAAAACAGAGUUUCUUGAAUUUUCAGUUUUUGGUCUCAAAUGAUUAGUGUGUUCUCCAUGUAAUAACUUAGAAAUCAGAUUGAAACAAAUGACAUUUAUCUCUUCUAAGGCAAAAGAGUGAAAGAAAAUAGAUACACUGAAGUGAUCUAGCCUAGCCUUUCACUACUAUCCUGCUUUUCAGAAUCCCUUCUUGGGCUAGGGUGAUGGAAUCAGUUGAUCAGGUUCGAAGUCUUAAAACUGAGCCAAAAUUCUCUUAGUAAUUCUUCACGCUAUCAUGAAAAUAUGGGGACUUUUUCUUCUGGUCCCUUUCUUCUGAUAUGCAUCCUUGUUUAUUAAAGUAAUAAUAGGCAGUGUCAUUAAACAUUUGUGCUUUACAGAUGUUCAAUGAGUUAUGAAUGAUUAUGGUCGAAUCUAGGCUGAAUUUGGUUUGCAUUGUAAUAAGGUCUGUGUCUCAGCCUACAGGAGUUUUGAAUUGCGUAUAUUUUUGGAAGACAUUUUUUAAAAUUACCAUUUAAGAUAUUAGUCAAGGAUAACUAAUUUAAAGGAUCCAAGUACAGAGCAGUCAGGCAUAUUCUAAAAGAGCAACAGGUCUACUUUAGUUAAAGAGUAUAAUACCCACUCAGAAGUAUCUUUUCUUUCUUCUAGUUGGGAGUGAUACAAUACUAUAUCAGAGGAAUAUUUUGAGUGAAGGUGUAUAGUGCAGGGAGAUAAUUUUUGUCCAUAAAGUCUGACUUUCAUUUAUUUCAGAGUUUAUUGUUGCAUAUUGUUCAAGAAAAAAAAAAUAGAGUUCUUUCUAAGCCACUACACUGUUAGGGCUGAAGUUUGAUGCUGUUGAAUGCCUAAGCUCCUGCUGAUUUCAAUGAAAGUAACAUACAAUCUUCUAAUCAGGAAAAAUAGCAUUUGCGAAAUUACUCUUGUAUUUUUUGUUUUUGUUGUAUCUAAUAAUAUUCCUAUCUUCAGCUUCUUUUUAAGUUUAUUUUUAGUGUAUGUAAGAAUCCUUUUUGACCUACUAGAGCAGUCCUGUUGCAGGCUUAAUAUCUCCCAUGGCCUUUUUUCACAUUUUUUGCAUUCGUCUCUGUACAAUAUUAUUAUGAGUAGAAUAAGGCUUAGUGAUAAGAGGGAGAAAAAUGAGUUUUGUUUUGUUUUUGAAAGACAAUUUUCUUUGUAGCACUGAGGAUGUCAACUCCAUGUAAAACUUAAUCAAAUAUGGUGAUUCUUUUUAAUUUUAUAGUAAGAAUUUUUGUUAAGUUAUCAUUUCCCCCCUUUGGUUGUUCCCCCUCUGCCCCUUAUUUCUUUUAAAAAACAAGUACACCUAAGAAAUAUCUUAAUUCCUUUAGUGCAGUUGUUUACAAAUGUGAUGGGAAGACUCAUUCCAACCAUCCUGUAUGUGCUACAUGCUCUUUAAGCACUCACUGUCAUUCGGGUUAAAGUUCUCCAAGUCUAUUGAAUGUGAUUUGCAUGCAUGCAGUCUGAUCCUUCACUCAUGCCUGUUCGAGGAAGGUGCAACUCUGGUGUUGCGCUAAGGUACAACUGGUGUGGGGUCAAAGUCAGGGCCAUAUACCUUUUAGGUGUUUGAUAUUCAGCACAGUCAUUAAGUUCCUUUUUACAUCUGCACAGUUGCUGUCUAGUAAGGCCUUAAACCUGAAAAAAAAAUAAAAAUCUCAUUGAGCGUAAUGGGAGUUUUUGCCUCAAGGGCUGCUGGCAGGAUAGGUGGCUUAGUUCUUCAUAACCUUCAUUUGUAAGCAUGGCCAGAAAAAAAAAAAGAAAAAAGUAAAAUCAAACAACAACAACAACUUAAUUCAAUGAGUUGCCUUACAUUUUUCCUUCUAUAUGGUUGUAUUCCUUUGAUUUAUUUCCUUUCCCCUCACCCACAUCAAAGGCUGUGAUUUUUUUUUUUUUUUUGCACACUACCUAUACCAAUUAACUGCCUAAUUAGUUUUAUCUUCUCUACAUGGAUGCAGUGAAUUUGUAAGAGAAUUUCACAAGCAAGUAGUUUUUUAGUGAGUUUAAAGUAAAUAGAGUUUUAAAGACCUAUUUUUAUAUUCAAUAUAAAGCACAAAUGUGCAGAAAGUGUAGAAUGACUUACAAAAAGGGAAACAAAAGUUCAUAAUAUUUCAUGUAUAAAAGUAAUACCUUCUUUGGGUUGGGAUUCUCUUAGAAAACCCAAUGCUUAUGCCAGUGCAAAGAUAGGAAUAUUUUAAAAACUCUUAGAAAAUUGUGAUUGACAGCAAUUUCAAAGGAAUGACUUCUGUAGACACAAGGAAACCCCUAAAGCAAUAUGGAUAAGAAGGGGUGAAUGGUUUUCAAUGAUGAACAACAACCUGGAAGUGUGAGAAUGGAGGUUUCAAUCCUUAUUAAUUAAUCAUGUUUCUUCUUUUGUGGUUAGUUGCAACAUCUGGAUUUUCUGUGAAGUGCAAUCUUGUAGGAUGAAAAAGUGCAUGGCUCCAAACUUUUAAGACUUGCAAAUAUUUAGAAGCAGGUUUGAUUUAGCAUUAUAUGUUAUUAAUGAGGACAUUUCAAUUUUGGUAACUCUCACUUCCAAGAAAAUCAAGACCCUGAUUUACCACUUGAAGAAAUUUGGUCAACUAAUAAUGAUUAAUCCAGGAACUCCCAUUGUCACAGUUUGUUUUUGUUUCCAUCGUCCUGCUUAUCUCCAAAACCAACUUGCCUCAACUCCUGGCUAAACCAGGGAGAAGAGUUAUAUGCCAUUGUUAGUUCAUUUACAAUUUGUAUCUGGUUUUGCUCUUGUACAUAUGUUGGCGUUUUGGAGUCUUUACAUAAAUGCUGUGAUACUUUUUUUCUUCUUUUUAUUUUUUCGGUGGGCUGUUUUAAAAUGGAGGCCUGUUUUCCAGUGUGGGACUUUUGAUGGUUACAACAUUUCAAUGAUGUUGCAUGAUGGCCACAGGUGGGGGAAAUUGAAUGUUUUAGAGCAGUUUUUCAAGCAUGACACUUUUAAAAUAUGUAAUUUCAAAGACUUUUCAAGGCCACAUGAAAUUAGUUUUCAUAGCCACUCCAGGUCUUGGGGGGACAAGCUGAAAAGUACUUUUGUUUAGAAGUCUGAGUGAUGGUGGGGGGGAGACCUUUUCUUGAGGUUUUUGCAUGCCAGUGCACGGCCUAUUGCUGUGAGAGAAGGAAGAUGGUAAGGCUGCUUGAGGCGAUGCACUGGAGGACAAAGUGUUUUCUAGCACUAGAAAAAGAAAAUGCAUGGCAAAGUUUUGUCUUCUAGUAGACUAUAUAGCAUGCAGAGUUUAGUAUGUGUCAAAACAGUGUAUGACAUUGCUGUAUCAAAGUUGUAAAAUUAAGCAUUAUUUAUUGAAAACUAUGUAUUUUUUUUGUAAAAACCUGAUCACCUAGAGGAUUAAUAUCAGUGACUUGUGCUAGUGCUACAAACUUAACCAGCUUCUUUACUACAGUACUUGAUAUGCAGUGUUAAUGCUCAGGGUUGAAACCAGUCCACUCCAAUGUCUUUUUUUGCAAGAGUUUUUAAAUAAAGGAACAACAUAAUGCAAUUGUUCAAAAGACUCUAAUAAAAUUGUGUGAUCAAU